GCCUCCAUCCUGCCCGUCACCGAGUCCCACAUUCCCGCUCUCCGCCGCAUCAACGCCCUCCUCCUACCUGUCAACUACUCCGACUCCUUCUACCAGGGGCUUUUGGACCCCGCCGUCUCGGCCCUCUUCAGCCGCGCCAUCCUCUGGCAGGAUGACCGCAGUCCUGACGCCGCCCCCAAGGUUGUAGGCGGGCUGAUCUGCCGCCUCGAGCCCAGCCCCUUCGACCCCUCCACCGGCCUCUACAACCCUUCCCUCGCCGCGUCCCGUCCCAUCCCAGGCGCCUCCAACACCGGCAUCCCGCCCCCGCAGCCCGGCCAACAUCAUGCGCUGUACAUCCAGAGCCUGGUGCUGCUCGCGCCGUACCGUGGGCUAGGGCUCGUAGGCGCCGCCCUGGAGGGCAUUCUGGACACGGUGCGCGCCGCCGGGCGGGCGGGCGCAGGGGCGAUCCAAGUGGACUGGGUGUAUGCCCAUGUGUGGACCGAGAACGAGGAUGGCAUGGGGUGGUACGGCCGGCGGGGCUUUCUCCAGGAUGUGUUGCUCAGGAACUACUACUGGAAGCUGGAGCCAGACAGCGCUUACGUUGUUGGAAUUCCGGCCAGUGUCACGGCUGCGGCUGUGAACCUACCUAGCUUCACCACCACAGGAAUAACAACGACAGCAGCAGCAGCAGCAGCAGCAGCUACUGCCCCCCCUCCACCAGUGGCCACCGGCCCCCCACAGCCGACGGCAAUGCGUCCUCCGGCGCCGGCCUCUUCGCUCUCUUUUCAGAAUAAGAGGCCUGAUAUGGAGUGGAAUGACCUGCCCGAAGAGAUGGUCACUUCCAAGAACAGCUCCCGCAGCGACCUGCUCCAGCCGCCGUCUGGUUCGAGCUCCCGGAGCAGCUCGACGGGGCGCAGGAAAAAGGACCGGGCGUACCCCACCGCAGCCUUCGGU